UAUUCAAUUGGUUCCUUCCCUCAGCAGUUUCACUUUCAUUUAAGGAGACAACCAGGUCCUCAACUGUUGUUUCCACGGAAAGAAAAGAGAGGAAAAUCAAAAGAAGAAAAGAAGGAAGGUAAAAGCAGGAAGGUAAGAUCCUGCAAAAAUUCCCCUUCCAAAUACUCAUUUUGGGUGAUAAUAACUUUCUUUUCUUUUCAUUUCUUUUCCUCUCAUCAUAAAGCCGCGUUUCGCUUUGAAACCGUGUUGAUUUUAUUUUUUCCUGCAAAAUCUUCACAACCAUCCCUUUAUUUCCUCUUCUGCUUCCGUAUCACUUUCACCGCAAUGCCGAUCAUCUGAAUUUCUUUGUCAAAUAACUCGACUGAAUAUUAAAAAAACAGUCCUUUUCUUUUUCUCUUUUCUUUUUCUUCACAAUAAUGCGUUCCAUUUCACAUGCCACCGCCGUCUUACUUCUUCAUUUCUUGCUAACGGCGACGUUUUGUGUUGGGAUUCGGACCAUAGGCGGAGGAGAUGGGUCGGGCUUUGGAUUUUCGGAGGCUCCAGAUUACCGUAACGGAGUGGAGUGUCCGGUUUCUGUCACUAAUAGACAAGUCGUUUCCUCCUGCGACCCCUCUUUAGUCCAAGUGGCGAUGACUUUAGACUCCGAAUACUUGCGUGGUUCGAUUGCCGCCGUCCACUCCGUCCUCCGCCACGCUUCAUGUCCAGAAAACAUCUUCUUUCACUUCAUAGCCGCCGAAUUCGACCCGGCCAGUCCCAGAGUCUUGAGCAAACUCGUUCGAUCCACGUUCCCUUCACUUAACUUCAAAAUCUACAUCUUCCGGGAAGACUCCGUGAUCAACUUAAUCUCUUCUUCCAUCCGGCAAGCCCUGGAGAACCCUCUCAACUACGCUCGAAACUACCUAGGAGACAUCCUAGAUCUUUGCGUUGACCGAGUCAUUUAUCUUGACUCAGACCUGGUCGUCGUCGACGACAUUCUCAAACUCUGGAGCACAACCCUAACAAACUCACGAGUGAUCGGCGCACCGGAAUAUUGUCAUGCCAACUUCACCAAGUAUUUCACGGACGGGUUUUGGUUCGACCCGGUUAUUUCCAGGGUCUUCCAGUCGAGAAAGCCGUGUUAUUUCAACACGGGGGUUAUGGUAAUGGAUUUGGUUCGUUGGAGAGAAGGAAAUUAUAGGAAAAGAAUUGAGAAUUGGAUGGAAAUACAGAAGAAACGAAGGAUUUACGAGUUGGGUUCGUUGCCUCCGUUUUUGCUUGUAUUUGCUGGGAAUGUUGAAGCGAUUGAUCAUCGAUGGAACCAACAUGGGCUUGGGGGGGACAAUAUAAGAGGUUCUUGUCGGUCGUUGCAUCCUGGUCCGGUUAGCUUGUUGCAUUGGAGUGGGAAAGGGAAGCCCUGGGUUCGACUCGAUGCCAGAAAGCCUUGCCCGCUUGAUCAUCUUUGGGAACCCUACGAUCUUUACAAGGGCAGUUUAGUCAAAGAUCGGUCUUCUUCUACUACUACUUCAAUAUUCUUGGGGUUUUCCAGUUAUUUGUUAUGAUUCUUUCUUUCUUUCUCUCUCUCUUUCUUUUUACAUUGUUACAGAAACGAUGAUGAUUCUUUGAUAGAGAGCUCAGCUGUGUACAGAUCGAAAAUUUUAAUAUUUUUUGGGGGUUAUUUGCUGGGAUUUAUUGUUGUGAUUUACAUAUGGGGUAUCAAUUCCUUUCAUCAGAGGGGGUUCCAUAUUUUGGAACAAUUUUGGUUGGGUUGAUUUCUUUGUAUGUAAUUGAAGAAACAUUAUUGAGAGAGGAAUAACAUUUAGUUGUUCAUUGUUAAUUUCGUUCAUUUUCCAUUUCCCA